AUGCAUGGGUCAGUGAAUGUGUCGGCAGCCGCGGACGCUUCUGCGGGGAGGGCUACCGCCUCCUGCUUCCUGAUCGACGCACGCCGUUUCUACUUUGCCUCCUCGCGCGUCUGCAUGGAUGAAACCUCGAGUACUGCAGGGCAGCAUCAACAGAAGACAUCAGAUUCCGGUGCACCAGCGGAAACCUCCUCCGCCGCUGCCAACGAUAGAGAAAGUGCUCUGGACGUCGCCAUGCGUGUCAACAAGAUGAAAAAGGCGCACCAGAGCGGUGGCGCCGGCGCCAACAAGAAGGAGAUGGAGCAGGAGGCGUGGAAUGCCUUGAACUCGCUGACAGAAGACCAAAUCAACAACGCAGAAGGGAAGGCAGUAUCGUUGCUCUUGAAUGCGUGGGCGUACUUCGCCAAAUUCUGGGCUAAGGGAAAGGAUGGCCCGCUGUGA